UUCAACACGUGGCUCAGUCGUAGACCAAAGAUACUGUUAUCUGUUAGUCUUCUGUUAGCAGUGUGACAUGGCUACUGGAAACCCAAACGGUUAUCCAUAUAAUACAGAUGGAGUGAAAGCUACGAGAAACUUCUUGAGGCAGGCUCUUACAAGACUUCCUGAAAGAAGUGCAGGAAGGGGUGUCCAGCGUCAGCAGAUGAUGCAACCUGAAAGGAGUGGCCUGCAACCUCUCCAGCUGAUGAUGCAACCUGCUAAUCAAGCACCGAGUGGUGUUCAACCUCUCCAGCAGAUGAUGCAACCUGCUAGUGGUGUUCAACCUCUCCAGCAGAUGAUGCAACCUGCUAAUCAAGUGAGUGGUCUGCAACCUCUCCAGCAGAUGAUGCAACCUGCUAAUCGUGGUGUGCAACCUCUCCAGCAUCAGCAGAUGAUGCAACCUCGCUCGCAAAUGCUUGGUCGUAACACUGCGCAAGUGCAACGGCCAUCCUGGAUGCAAAGAAAAGGAAAAGGGCCCAAAAAGUCGAAAAAAGUGAAACUUAGCCUUUGGGAGCACGAGUUCAUCUGUUUAGCUAGUUGUGGCCAGUUGACUCCACCUUCGUCAAUGGAGAAAAUUGAUCUAAUUAGGGCAGGUCUAGGUCCGAAAAAGAUACCAUUCCUUGACUUUGGAGAGCCUUUCGAAUUUCAUGAUGAAAUCACCAGUGCAUUUCCAAAGUUACGCAACGCUGGUGGCUACGAGUUACUACGCACCCAGCAACACAACAAUCGAGAGCUAUUUGUCAUUAGCCCACCAUCUGACGGAUACACUGCAGAGUAUCUGCGUCGUAUUGUUGGCCAGGCUAAAGUGUUUGUUAGGCCGAUUCAGAAAGACCUGUCAUUGGAUCCACUAGUGGACAAAGAUGACUUGGGAAUAGCUCCUGUUGAAAAGUGUAUGCACUGCGAGAAGUCAGUACCAAUGCACCUGAUGAGAAGCCACAUCAAAGCUUGUGUCAGGGAUAACAAGUGCUCCCCACCUGAAGCAGGUGAGUGUUCGGAGUAUUUACGAAGUGGGGAUUACAUUCCUUCUGAGAUGGAGGAAUUCCUAGAAGAUGGUGGCUGCACACGGUCCCCUACUUCUCCAACUGCUCCCCCAUUUUCUCCAAUAACGCCAUGCCAAGGGGCUAUCUCAACUGCUACAUCAAGUGUUGAUUUAACAUUUGAAAGUGAUGUGUCAGAAGCAAUUUCAAGAAGCCUGCAAGAUGCUGUAGAAGGCGUGGAGGAAGAAGUUGACACACUGCAGGAUGUAGUGGUGAUGUUGCAGCAAAAAAAUGGUAUCAAGCUUCCGAGUACUGAUGAGGAGUGGGAUAUGACCCCUCGUUGUAGCUUAGAUGUAAGGAGGAGUCAUGUGGUUGUUGAUGGUGUGAGAGCAGCUGAAAAGAAGCGAUUCAAUUCUACUAACCUACUUCGGGUUCACUUUGUUGGUGAAGAGGGUGUUGAUACCGGUGGUCCUUCUAGAGAAUUCUGGCGUCUGUUUGCCAGUGGUGUUUCUUCUUCUUACUGUGUGUCCAAUGAUAGCGGUGAAUGUUUCCUAGACAAGAAUGUACCAGCUCUGCAGCGGGGUGACUUUAAAGCUAUUGGAAUGUUGAUUGCCAUGUGUAUUGUGCAAGGUGGUUCGGGCUUACCAGUGCUGCACCCUUCCGUCUACAAUUAUAUUGCUACCGGUCAGUAUAUUGGACAAGUGGUUAAUGACAAGAAAGUUGCAGAUUCAGAAGUUCGGGUUUUGCUAGAGCAGAUUGAGAAAGCAGACAAAGACGAAGACCUUACAUUUCUAUUUGAUGACGACAAUCCAGACAAGGCUAACGAUUCCCUUGUGUGUGAAACUGGAUUCCGUAAGGCAUUAUGUUUGCUGACUGUUAACGAUAAAGACCACUUGAAGAAAACCUUACGGGACUAUCACACUCUCAUUAAGACGAAGGCAGAAAUGGAUCAGCUGUGUGAGGGUUUACAAAACCAGAGUGUUCUGGAAACAAUAAUAAAGUACAGUAGAACCUCGAUUAUCCGGCCCUCGAUUAUCCGGAACCUUGAUUAUCCGGCUUGUGGAUAUUAUCGAGACGUUAUUACAGAAAAUGGAGAGGUGGUAACUGUCGAAGACAUUCUCAUUUUCUUUACAGGAGCAUCAAAAGAGCCUCCUCUUGGAUUCCCCACACGACCUGUGCCGACUUUCAUUGAAGGACAGCUGGCAACAGCCAGCACAUGUGACCUUCGUAUAAGGAUUCCCUUCAAGCAUGACAAUUAUGAACAGUUCAAGCAGUGUUUUGUACUCUCCCUAAAAGGAAACGAUGGCCUUGGCAUCCUUUGAACUGAACAGUGACUUUUCAUUUUUUGACUCAUUUAACCAACCCGUUACUCACUACUUUGCUCAACUGCUAGUGUUCACAUCACACUCAUUUCUCAUUAACCGGCCGUUAACUGAAUAUAAUUAUGUGCAAUUAUCAUAAAAUUAAAGAGGA